AUGAGUCUACGAAUGAGCAGAAAUCAAAAGUUGAAGAUUAAUAUUGCCAUUACAUCUUUCGUUGUGUUUGUCAUUUACUGCGUACUCAUGAUAUCAAAGAAUGUACCUAUUUCCAGUGAUAAAAUUUCUGUGGAAAAGCAAUAUGCAGUAGCAUCACAAUUGCCAACCGUACCACAUGAUGGAGAAACACUGGAAGCUUUGAAAACGUCGACGUCAAAUAUUUGUAAAGAAGAUAUUGUCCUUAGAAAUACUGACCCGAAUCAUACAGCAGCCCACCUCGAUUUCUGGAGACACCUUAAUGGAAGUACUAUAAAAGUUUACAAAAGACGUUGGCAAAAAUUUAUAGCCAAUAUUAGAAAAACACCCAUUCCUAUUGAUAAACUCAACGGACGUGGAAUUGUAUUCAUUGCUGGCAAUAGAGAUACAGUCAAGAGAACGUUGACUACAGUGAAAUUGUUAAGAAAUGUCUAUGAUUGUAAACUGAGCAUUGAGAUAUGGCACUUACAUGAUGAACAACCUUCAGCCGACGUUCGACUUAGUUUUGAAGAAUUAGGAGCUACUUUCAAAGAUUUAUCAAAUCCCAAAUUAGUUAAACCUAUCAUCAAGAGACGUGAUGCAGAUAAACAGUUUCAGAUUAAAGCAGCAGCCAUAAUCAAUUCUGCGUUUAAAGAAGUGCUAUAUCUUGAUUCUGAUAAUAUUCCAUUGAAAGACCCGACUUUUCUGUUCGAUCUACCGGAAUAUAAGGAGACAGGUGCACUAUUUUGGCCAGACUAUUGGAAAACACACGGUGAGAACAAAAUUUUUGAUAUAAUGGAUAUCGAUUGUGACAAUGAAUGGGAACAGGAGUCUGGACAGAUGGUAAUUGACAAAGAAAAAUCUUGGGUACCACUUCAACUUGCCUGGUACAUGCAGAAGCAUUAUGAAAUAUACUUUCAAUUUUUAAAUGGUGACAAAGACACGUUCAAAUAUGCAUGGAAAGCUCUCCAUUCUCCAUAUCAUAUGGUUGAAGUGUUUCCUGGAAUGGCAGGUACAGAGACAAACGGUCGUUUCUGCGGACAUACAAUCCUUCAAUAUGUUCCUUUUGCUGAUGAUGCCGAGGAAGAUGACGACUUAAUAUUUGUUCACGCUAAUUUGCUUAAAAUCACCGAUAAAAAGCAUUUCAUUCGUCCUGAUGGUUCCGAACACCCUUGGGAUUUGCUUAAACGAUCAUCUUUGGCGCAUACGAACACUUACAUUAAGCCCGAGUUCUAUAUAUCUAAUAAAGGACAGGCAUGCAUGGAUUUUACACAUCGUGAAGGUGAACCUGAUGCAAUUACUGAAGAUUUCGAUCAAACUUUGACAGGGUUCCAAACACUCUACUUCAAAAAUGGAGGCAUAGGAGGAGAAACAAGGGCAUGA